CAUGGAACUAUCUUUCCAUCUCUUUCAGAUGUUGUUCACACCCAAGGUCCACUUGAUGGAAGCCUAUAUGCCCGGGUCCGCAAGAAAGACUCUCUGGAGGGAGUUGUCACCAUCAACGGCCUCCCAGUCCAUGAAAACCCCUUGACCAAUGCCGAGAACCCAUUACAACACCCCAGUCAUCCCCUCCAAACCACUGACCAGACCCUUCCUGUGACAGGCCACGCCUCCCUCCCUGCCGUCGAUCACACCUUAUCCGUGAGCAGCGACUCAGGCAACUCCACCGCAUCCAUCAAGACUGAUCGUACUGAUGAGCACAGCCAGUCCGUGCAGGGUGCCGUGAACCACAACAACCCAACAGCGACCCACCCGUCCCUGAGCCCGCAGGAGAAAAAAGAGCUCGACCAGCUUCUGAGUGGCCUCGAAGCACCAACUCACCAACGACAAGCCUACCUGUCCACGUCCACCAGUCCAGGAGGAGGUGUCCGACACCUGGUCCCAGCGCAGGUGCACGUCAACGGGGGCCAUACCAGGCUAGUUGCCGCCCCUUCAACAGAGGAGCGUGAGACAGAAAUUCUAGACGACGAGGUGCCCAAUAGCCAAGAGGGCAAUAGUGUGGACAGCUUGGGCACGCUCUCAUCCCUGGAGGGCCAGGCAACACCGGCUGACCUCUACUACCAAUCACAGACUCCCAGCAGCAAGCAAAACGACGGACCCUACCUUGAGAGAGUUGUUCUUGGGGAAAAGUUGAGCGAGAUGCCCGUGCAUGGAGUACAAACGCCCACGGCGAUGCAAGAGAGGUCUGUGAACUCUGCAUCGCCACAGGGGGGAUUCAAGAACUACCAGAACGGAGAAGGGAUGUACCGUUCACAGUCUUUUGGGAAUCCGCCAGCCGGCAGCCCUGAGACCAACCCGAAGCUGAUGCCCAGGGCCCCAGAGAGGAGCACCAGUAGCCGGGAGGCUGUUCAAAGGGGUCUCAACACCUGGCACCAGUAUAGCCUACCAGAUGAUCCCUUUGGCCCUCCUCUUCAGUCAACCCAUAGCUUGCCCCACUUCCCCACCUCAGCCUCGCAGCGGGACAUUGAGCAGUCCAUUGAGGCACUCAACAUGCUCAUGCUCGACCUGGACCCAAUCAACUCCCACAUGUCCAAGUCCCACAGUGCGCCUCCUGGGGAGGACAGCCUCAAUUCAUCCCAGGCACCCUUCUCGCAGACCCUUGCAAGACCGUCAUACCAAGCAGACUCUGCCAUCCAUGGUUACAACAACUCCGGGUCCGUCAACAACUCCUUUCAUCAGCCCCUGUGGGCGACUGGGAGAGCGUUGCCCAACCAGAGCCCCCUCAUGGAGUCCCCGGUCUAUUCUCCCCAGAGGUCCAACGCCGGCUACCAACACCAAAACACCACCCCAACACACACCCCUGAGCCCUACCUCCACACACACCAAGCAGCCCACCAUUACCCCACAGAUCCCUCCCCUAAUUUCAACCAGCAGGUGCCAGUGAAGCCUGUGAACUCAUACCCAGGAGGCGGGCUUUCCCACUCCCCGGACCCGCAGGACUCGUCUCCUUAUCCAGGCUACAGUGCCUCUUCCUCUCCUCUCCCCGCACUCACCCCCCAGCCAAAAGACACGUCUUCUUCAUCCUUGCCCAAAGAACAAGAUGCAGAGGAGGAGACGCUUAACUUGGAGGGCCUGGUAGCUCACCGCAUUGCCGGGGUUCGAUCCAGAGGAAUGACCCCAGAAGUGAUGCAGGAGACGGGUCGACGUCGGACAACCAGUGAGGGACAGUACCAGAGCAGCCAUGAUAACACGCCGAUGGUGGAUUCGCCGGACUUCGCCCACAAUCUGGCCCUCAACCCGGGAAGACGUCCCAGAGAGGGUCCCAUGCACAGCUACCGGGAGGCGUUUGAGGAUGACGAUGCGGACGGGUUUGACAACAGUCCCGCCUUUGGAGGCGGUGGUGAGAAUUCCCCCCAGACCCCAAGCUUCCCUGUGUCGCCACAGACUCCUUACUUCAACAUGUCUCGCUCUCCUCCAGGUUUAACCAAGACUCCUCUGUCAGCUCUGGGACUGAAGCCUCAUCACCAGGGCGGAUCAGACUCUGAUUCCAAUGAUGGAGAGCAAGAUAAUCGCAGUUUUGGGGACUGCAGAGCACAACCAUUCAACGUUCCUUUCUCCUCCAGCAGUCCCGUCCACAGCGCUGAUGGAAGGAGGAUUGGUUGUUCUCCGCACAGUCCCAUCCCCUCCUACCCUUACAGACCCACCUCCCCCGAGGGCUCCCAGGUCAACAUCAUGGGGGUCCACACCGUCCCCGGCAGCCCCAACACCCUCCACCGCACAGUGGCCACCAACACGCCGCCGAGCCCCGCCCUGCAGAGACGCCUGGGUCAAGCCAGCCCCUCAUUGGGCAGACACCCUACUCCAGCAGGCGUCCCUUCCAGCCCUCUGAUUGGCCGAAACCCUCAAACAGCAGCAGCUGGCGUGCCCCCCAGCCCCCUGAUGGGGCGCCGCACGGCGGCAAGCGGCCACAGCACACCUGACGAGCUGGGGGCCGCUUCCCGUCAGGGGAGCGCCCAACCGCCCUCCACGCCUGCCUUCCCCGUCUCCCCACAGCUGCCGGAGAAGAGGCACAUGUCCAGCGGAGACGCUGAGAGGACGGACAACAAGAACCUGACGCCGGCCAGCGGUGGCAGCACACCAAACCUGUCUGGCACACACACACUCCCAGACGUCUCAAAGUCCAUAUACGAUGGUUAUCCAGACAUUAAGAUGAACGUCAAGUUCGUCCAGGACACCUCCAAGUUCUGGUACAAGCCAGACAUCACCAGAGAGCAGGCCAUCAAUGUGCUGAAGGACAGGGAGCCCGGGGCGUUCAUCAUAAGGGACAGCCAUUCCUUCAGAGGAGCCUACGGUUUGGCCAUGAAGGUGGCCUGCCCGCCACCAACCAUCCAACAGACCAAAAAAGUUGGUGACAUGACUAAUGAGCUGGUGAGGCACUUCCUGAUUGAGACGAGCCCCAAAGGCGUCCGUCUGAAGGGUUGUCCCAAUGAACCCUACUUUGGUUGUCUUUCUGCUCUGGUGUACCAACACUCGAUGACUCCGCUGGCUCUGCCCUGUAAGCUGAUGAUCCCCGCCAAAGACCCAAAUGAAGAGGCUUUGGAGCUCGCCACACCUAUUGAUCCAGCUGUUGAACUUCUGAAGCAGGGAGCAGUUCAGAAGGUUGCUGAGGAGGCCCAUGCGUGCAAUGUUCUCUACAUCAACUCCGUGGACAUGGAGUCUCUCACGGGUCCUCAGGCCAUUGCCAAGGCGAUCAGUCAGACACUGGCGACCAACCCUCUGCCUGCCGCGACCACCGUGCACUUCAAAGUGUCCACACAGGGCAUCACGCUCACCGACAGUCAGAGGAAACUUUUCUUCAGGCGACACUAUCCCAUCAACACGGUAACCUACUGCGACAUUGAUCCCCAGGACAGAAAAUGGGGCAAAGAAGGAGGGGGUUCAGUGAAGCUUUUCGGAUUCGUGGCGAGGAAACAAGGAAGCACAACAGACAAUGUCAGCCACCUGUUUGCUGAGCUGGACCCAGAUCAGCCCGCCUCCGCCAUCGUCAGCUUUGCCUCCAAAAUGAUGAAGCGGUGAAACCCCCAAUGUCCGAAUGGCAGCGGCCAUUUCGAAAUCUUCCUUCGUCAUUGGUGUCUUUUUCCACCAGGACUCGAUGAUGUCCUUUUUUUCUGUUUCCUGUUGGUUUGUUUCUGUUUCCCUUCUCUCUAUUUUUCUCUCUGCCUUGCUGGUUUGUCUUGACUUUGGACAUUUUUGGAAGAGUCUCUACUUGAGGGAUUUGGUGUGGAAUCCAGAGUGGCUCUAGUGGAAGUGUGGUGUGGAACUGUGAACGUGACAAACAUGGAGGCCAUUGAAGGGAGGGAAUGUACUAACAUGGGAACCUGUACUAGGAGAAAUGCUAGUUAAAGACUAAAGGAACAACGCUAAGUUCAGUCGAGGAACACGUAAGGACACGUAUGUUUCAGGGUUUUCCGUUGUCGAUUUUGUUGAUUGAUUUACCAAAGGUAGUUGCAAUACAAGUGCAAGAAAGAUGUAGCUAUUAAGCCAUUAUUAUUUCCUCUUUUCAAAAGAUGAAGUGUUGAACAAAACAAAAAGAAAAAAAAGAAAAAUACGGUUUCUUCUUGAACUUGUCUUCAGGAAAAAAGUUGGCCUUGAUGGCUUUUAGCAAAACAUUGUCUGAAGACCUUAUGCAUGUUAGCUUGAUCUUUAAGCUUGGUUCUUCUACCUUCCACAAAAAUCAUUGUGAAAUCCUUAGAGUGGUCAUUUUUCGGGUCUGUUGUGUUUUGGAAAGGGCUCUACAGUGAAACAAAGACUGAUCUAAACUGCGCAUAGCAAACCAGACUUUAAAAAAAACAAAAAAAAACACCACGCUGAGGUCACCGCACCUUGUGUCAAUGCACACUUACAUCACUUCGACGCCCGGUCCAAGCCUGAUCUCUCUCUCUCUCUCUCAAAACUCGCUUAUUGGAUUCCUGAAAUCAGCAAGCUCCUGAUAGCAUGGCAGUCGGAGAGAGGAAGACUGUUUGUCCACAA